CUCUCUGCCACUCUCCAAUCUCCAUUGAUAUCGGACCUUCCAUCCUCCUUCUCCUUCUCCUUCAAGCUUCCUGCAGAUAUUCAAGGUUUUGUCCGAGAGAUGGUGCCUAAAAAUGAAGUCGUGGAAGAACCACAAGCAGAUUCUCCGACGUCGGUGCUUGAGGACGAGGACAUCUGCAAGGAGAAAGUUGGUGUGAAGGUGGACGAGGAACUGUUUCUUGAGGCAAAAAAUGGGGACGCUUCUCUCAUAUCAACUGCAAUGGCAGAGGAGGAAGAUAAGCUUGAAAAGCAACGGCAUCUUGAAGAAGAAAAUAUGGAAAAAGAAGCGCCCCCCUUGAGUGAAACACAAUUCACUAAGCUGGACGAGCUUCUUACUCAGACUCAGCUUUAUUCUGAGUUCUUGUUGGAGAAAAUGGAUGACAUAACAAAGAAUGGGUUGACCGAAGAUGUUGUUGAAGUUAAGGAGGAGAAGAAGAGAGUUCGUGGUUCAAAAAGAAAAGCUGCCUCAAAUUACAACAGAGGGAAGGCCAAGAAAGCUGUGGCAGCCAUGCUUACACGGUCUGAAGAAGGCACUCCCUCUAAAGAUAUUAAUCUUAGCAAGGAAGAGAAAGCUGAAAAAGAGCAGGCUGAGCUUGUUCCCUUGUUGACUGGUGGAAAAUUGAAACCUUAUCAAAUUAAAGGUGUCAAAUGGUUAAUCUCAUUAUGGCAAAAUGGCCUUAAUGGUAUUCUUGCAGACCAGAUGGGGCUUGGCAAGACAAUCCAAACUAUUGGUUUUCUUGCACAUCUAAAAGGGAAGGGCUUGGAUGGCCCAUACUUGGUUAUUGCUCCUUUAUCUACUCUGUCAAAUUGGGCAAAUGAGAUAUCAAGGUUUGUGCCCUCUGUGAAUGCAAUUAUCUAUCAUGGGAAUAGGACGGAGAGGGAUGGAAUAAGGAGAAAGAGUAUGCCAAAAUCAGUAGGCCCAAAAUUUCCCAUUGUAAUUACCUCAUAUGAAAUAGCAAUGAACGAUGCUAAGAAACACUUGAGGCAUUACAAUUGGAAAUAUCUCGUGGUUGAUGAGGGUCACAGAUUGAAAAAUUCUCAAUGCAAAUUAUUGAGAGAGUUAAAAUGGCUGCAUGUUGAAAACAAGCUUUUGUUGACUGGUACACCUCUUCAGAACAAUCUAGCAGAACUUUGGUCAUUGCUGAAUUUCAUCUUGCCUGAUAUUUUCUCAUCCCAUGAGGAAUUUGAGUCAUGGUUUGAUCUCUCUGGAAAGUCCAACAAUGAGGAAGGCGCAGAAGGGAAAAAAGCACAUGUGGUGGCAAAAUUGCAUGCUAUAUUGCGUCCUUUCCUGCUAAGAAGAAUGAAAGAGGAUGUCGAGCAUAUGCUUCCUCGCAAGAAAGAAAUUAUCUUGUAUGCUACCCUUACUGAACAUCAAAGAAACUUCCAGGAUCAUCUAGUCAACAAGUCGCUGGAAGCGUAUCUACGUGAGAAAGUGGACACAGGUCGUGGUGUGAAAGGGCAGCUUAACAAUUUGAUGAUUCAGCUCCGGAAAAAUUGCAACCAUCCUGACCUCUUAGAGGCAGCUUUUGAGGGUUCCUGUUUUUAUCCACCUGUAGAACAGAUAGUAGAACAGUGUGGAAAAUUUCAGUUGCUGGAAAGAUUGCUGCAAAAGCUAUUUGCUCGCAAGCACAAGGUUCUAAUUUUCUCUCAGUGGACUAAAAUUUUGGAUAUCAUGCAUUACUACUUCAGUGAGAAGGGUAUGGAAGUAUGUAGAAUUGAUGGCAAUGUGAAAUUGGAGGAGAGAAGAAGACAAAUCCAGGAGUUCAAUGAUAUGAACAGCAAUUAUAGAAUAUUCCUUCUGAGCACAAGGGCUGGUGGGCUAGGAAUCAAUCUUACUGCAGCUGAUACCUGCAUAUUAUACGACAGCGACUGGAAUCCUCAAAUGGAUUUACAGGCAAUGGACAGAUGUCAUAGAAUCGGGCAGACAAAGCCUGUUCAUGUGUACAGGCUUGCAACUGCCCAGUCUGUCGAGGGUCGAAUUCUGAAAAGAGCUUUCAGCAAGUUGAAGCUCGAGCAUGUAGUGAUCGGUAAAGGUCAAUUUCAACAGGAAAAGACAACCGGCACGGAAGUCCUGGAAGAAGAGGACAUGUUGGCUCUUUUACGAGACUCGGAGAAUCCUGAAGACAAAAUGAUACAGACGGAUAUCAGUGACGAUGAUCUUGAGAGAGUGUUGGAUCGAAGCGAUCUAAUUGCUGCUGGCCCUGCAAAAGAAGCAGAUGGGAAGCCAGACUUUGUGAUCAGUACAAUUCCACUUAAAGGCCCUGGCUGGGAGGUUGUGUUACCUACAGCUACUGGAGGGAUGCUUUCAACUGUCAACAAUUAAAAACCUUCUUUCCCAUUCUGCCCUUUUUGUUUCUCUUUUAUUUGCCUGCCAUAUAUGAAGUAUGUCUUGUCUUUUUGUGGUGAGAGAUGGGAUUUUGGAUCUAGAAAUAGGAUAUUGACCUUCUGAAUAGUUUUGUAACUUGUAAGUAGGUUCCUUCAUGUAACUGACCAUUUGGCAACAGAGAAUGGGCAGAAGGGAGCGUUAUGGAGCUUUCUCUCUCCUUUACUCUUGACAUCAUUUUUUAAUUCUAAAUGUGAGA